AUAUAUAUUUUGUAAUAGAAUUGCUUGGGGGCACUAGAUGGAACUUACAUUAGAGUGCGUGUACCUGCAAUUGACAAGCCAAGAUACCGUACAAGAAAGGGUGAAGUUGCUACAAAUGUGUUAGCUGCUUGUUCUCGUGAUAUGCAGUUCAUAUUUGUCUUACCGGGUUGGGAGGGAUCGGCAUCGGACUCUAGAGUUCUUCACGAUGCAGUGACUAGGCCGAAUGGAUUAAGAGUUCCCACUGGUUAUUAUUACCUUGUAGAUGGGGGUUACACAAAUGGUGAAGGAUUUCUUGCACCAUAUAGAGGAACAAGGUAUCAUUUAUCAGAAUGGGAUGAAAGAAAUAUGCCUAGGGAUCAUGUGGAAUAUUUUAACAUGAAGCAUUCGAAGGCAAGAAAUGUCAUAGAACGGUGUUUUGGAAUGCUAAAAGGAAGGUGGGGAAUACUAAGGAGUCCAUCAUUUUAUCCAAUAAAGACACAAUGCCGCAUAAUUACGGUUUGUUGUCUUUUACAUAAUUUUAUUAGGAGAGAAAUGUCCAUUGAUCCGAUGGAGUAUGCAGUAUGUGAAUUAGAUGCUCAAAAUGGGGAAGAAGUUGAUGUAGUUGGCACGGUUGAAGCGUCUAAUCAAUGGACUACUUGGAGGAAUGAAUUAGCUUCACAAAUGCAUAAUGAAUGGACGGGAAGAAGGGUUGUAAGGGCUGCCGGAGAUACAGGGGUUUCAGGUGCUGCUGCAAGGGCUGCAAGGGAUGCAAGAGCUGCAAGGGAUGCAAGGGAUGCAAGGGAUGCAAGAGCUUCAAGAGAAUAAAUCAUUGACGGAAUGCUUUAAAUACAUCUAAUAAGUACUAAGGAUCAUUAUUUAUAUAGUUUUUGAUUUGUUGUGAACACUAAUGCAUUUUAAUUCUUAGGAGUGUUUUUCUACUAAGUACUAAGGAUCAAUUCCAGUUGCUUCAACCAUCUGUUGAGUGUUUUUCUACUUGAGAAUAAACAUGGGUUUGUUUAUUGAGUUUCUUUUGUAAAUCUACUCUCGUGAUAUGUAGCUUGGUGAUGUUAUUGUUAUCUUCUGUAAAGAGAGAAACAAUCUGCGUGUUCAAUUGUUUGGGAAUCUACUAUGCUGCAUAAUGGGGAGUGAUUGCAUUUCUAUAUUGUGGAUUGUUCGAAUGGAUGCAGUGCAACCACUCUUUUUGCACUUUCUCCUUUUUGCUGUCUCCUUCUUUUCCCUCUUUUCCGUUUUACUUCCCUCUUUUUCCUCUUUUGUUUUUCUCCUUUCUCCUUUUUGCUGUCUCCUUCUUUUCCCUCUUUUCCGUUUUGCUUCCCUCUUUUUCCUCUUUUGCUUUUCUCCUUUCUCCUUUUGCUGUCUCCCUUUUACCUUUUGUUGUCUUCCUUUUCCCUUUCCUCUAUAUGUUUUUUCUACGCAUAUUAAUUGCUUUACAAUAACAGAUGCUACUGUGAAAACUUGCUCCAAAAAACUUCUUCUGGUUGUUUUCAUUGAUUUUGGAUGUUACUGUGAAAUCUUAGAUAUGGAUCGAAGGCAAAUUAUGUUGCUCUUAUUGGUGGAGCAAGACGGGGAGCCUAGAGACAAUGUGUGCUUGUACUAUGCUUUACAAUAAUAGAUGCUACUCUAAGCUUUGAGUCUAUAUGCGUAUGAGUGUAUUAUUUGAGUCUAUAUGCGUAUGAGAUAUAGCUUUUCUGUAGAAAAUGGAAAGUGGUGAUGAAAAUACAGAGCAAGGGAAGUCAAGACGUGUAUGGACCAGCUUUGAAGAAGAGUCUUUGUUGAAUGUUCUUGACGGAAUUAUUGCUGGAGGACAACGCUGCGACACUGGUAGUUUCAAAUCUGGUACUUUAAUCAAAAUAGAGAAUGCUUUAAAUCUUUUAUGUCCCAAUUCCAAUCUGAAGGCAAGUCCACAUAUUGAGUCAAAGUUGAAGAAACUUAAGAAAGAUUAUAGCAUAAUCUAUGACAUGAUGAACAAGAGUGGAUUUGCAUGGAAUGAUAUCAAAAAGUGCAUUGAAGUUGAUAGUAAUGAAGUAUGGGAAACGUAUUUGCAGCACAACAAAAAGGCAAAGGGAUGGAGAAACAAGAAGUAUCCAUUAUUUGAUAGACUAGCUACCAUCUUUGGGAGUGACCGUGCUACUGGAAAUGGGGCUGAGGUCCCUGCUGAUAUGAUGGAGGAGCAGAGCAACAAUGAAGAUGAUAUAGGCAUUGGGAAUGACACAAGCCCCAUGUCAAUGAGGCAAGAUAGCACUGGACAAUCUCAGGUCAGUCAGAAAAAGAGGAAAAGAAAUGAUGAAGAUAAAAUUAUGCUUGCAUUGGAUAAAUUGUUUGAAGAAUCUGGAAAAAGAAUGCAAGCAGUGACUGAUGCCAUAGUGAAAGGUAAUGAAGAUCGAUCUGAUAUUGCUAAGGAACUUAAGAAAAUGGGACUUUCUGUUCUAGACCAAAUUGAGGCAUUGAAAAUCAUUUUGGAUAAGCCCCAAAACAUAUCUGUGUUCAUGUCCUUAGAUGAUGAAGUGAGGAAAGUGUAUGUCGAGAACUUGCUUGCGGGCACUGCUAGAGGAUCUACCUAGCUGCUGUUGCAAGAUAUGUUCUUUUUUUUGUUUGGACAACUACAACAGUUGCUGCCUUAACACAUGUUGGACAAGUUCCUUCUUUUGCUAGAUUAACAUUCAUUUUUGUAAUUGCUAGAUGAAACAUUAUUAGCAUGUGGAAUGUUAAAUCAGUGUAUCACUGUGUUGUAUUAAUAGGUGGACUUGUUGAUGUGUAAAAACUAACUACAAAGUAUGUAGAUUGUGGUUGCUCUUCUCAAUCUAUGAUUAUUUUGCUG